CAGCCCCUAUGGCGACUUACUGUUUCUAUUGGUCAGUUUUCCCAAGGAGGCUGUCUAGAGACUGACCGCGCCCAUGGUAUGGGGCGUGUCUUCUCCCCCAGGAUGAGGGGGGGGGCUGGGCAUCCGCCAUCUUGGAUUUCGCGGUAGCGGUGGCAGCGGUAAGGUGCCGAUUCUGUAGAGUGUCUUUCCCCUCCCCCAGCUCGGUGGCGGCUGCCCCUCCCACUGAGGGUGGCGCAGCGACGGUGCCACCUCGACCAUGGCGGCGACUACAGCUAACCCAGAAAUGACAUCAGAUGUGCCGUCACUGGGUCCCACCAUUGCUUCUGGAAAUCCCGGACCUGGGAUUCAAGGUGGAGGAGCUGUUGUCCAGAGGGCUAUUAAGCGACGGUCAGGGCUGGAUUUUGAUGAUGAAGGAGAAGUGAACAGUAAAUUUUUGAGAUGUGAUGAUGAGCAGAUGUGUAACGACAAAGAGCGGUUUGCCAGGUCGGAUGAUGAGCAGAGCUCUGCGGAUAAAGAGAGACUUGCCAGGGAAAAUCAUAGUGAAAUAGAGCGGCGGCGACGGAACAAGAUGACAGCUUACAUCACAGAACUGUCAGACAUGGUACCUACCUGUAGUGCCCUGGCUCGAAAACCAGACAAGCUAACCAUCUUACGCAUGGCUGUUUCUCACAUGAAGUCCUUGAGGGGAACGGGCAACACAUCCACUGACGGCUCCUACAAGCCGUCCUUCCUCACUGAUCAGGAACUGAAACAUUUGAUUUUGGAGGCAGCAGAUGGUUUUCUGUUUAUUGUCUCUUGUGAGACUGGCCGAGUGGUGUAUGUCUCUGACUCGGUGACUCCCGUUUUGAAUCAGCCACAGUCUGAAUGGUUUGGGAGCACACUGUAUGACCAAGUGCACCCAGAUGAUGUGGAUAAACUUCGAGAGCAGCUUUCUACUUCAGAAAAUGCCCUAACAGGGCGGAUCCUGGAUCUGAAGACUGGAACGGUGAAAAAGGAAGGUCAGCAGUCUUCCAUGAGGAUGUGCAUGGGCUCAAGAAGAUCGUUCAUCUGCCGGAUGAGGUGUGGCACCAGCUCUGUGGACCCUGUUUCCAUGAAUAGACUGAGCUUUUUGAGGAACAGAUGCAGGAAUGGACUUGGCUCUGUGAAGGAAGGAGAGCCUCAUUUUGUGGUAGUCCACUGCACAGGUUACAUCAAGGCCUGGCCGCCAGCAGGUGUCUCCCUCCCAGAUGAUGAUCCAGAGGCUGGCCAGGGGAGCAAAUUCUGCCUAGUGGCCAUUGGCAGGCUGCAGGUAACCAGUUCUCCUAACUGUACAGAUAUGAGUAACAUCUGUCAGCCAACAGAGUUCAUCUCCAGACAUAACAUUGAAGGGAUAUUCACUUUUGUAGAUCAUCGUUGUGUGGCUACUGUUGGCUACCAGCCACAGGAGCUCUUAGGAAAGAAUAUUGUAGAAUUUUGUCAUCCUGAAGACCAACAACUUCUAAGAGACAGCUUUCAGCAGGUGGUGAAAUUAAAAGGCCAAGUGCUGUCUGUCAUGUUCCGAUUCCGAGCUAAGAACCGAGAAUGGCUGUGGAUGAGAACAAGCUCCUUUACUUUCCAAAACCCGUAUUCAGAUGAAAUUGAGUAUAUUAUCUGCACCAACACCAACGUGAAGAACUCUAGCCAGGAACCACGGCCUACAUUGUCUAACACAAUCCAGAGGUCACAGCUAGGUCCGACAACUAAUUUAUCCCUAGAGAUGGGUACAGGGCAGCUGGCAUCCAGGCAGCAGCAGCAGCAGCAGCAGCAGCAGCAGACAGAAUUGGAUAUGGUACCAGGAAGAGAUGGGCUGGCCAGCUAUAGUCAUUCCCAGGUUUCUGUCCAGCCUGUGGCAACUGCAGGAUCAGAACACAGCAAGCCCCUUGAGAAGUCAGAAGGUCUCUUUGUGCAGGACAGAGAUCCGAGGUUUUCAGAAAUCUAUCCCAAUAUCAGUGCAGAUCAGAGUAAAGGCAUCUCCUCCAGCACUGUCCCUGCCACCCAACAGCUGUUCUCCCAGGGCAGCUCAUUCCCUCCUAACCCCCGGCCGGCAGAAAAUUUCAGGAAUAGUGGUCUUACCCCUCCCGUAACCAUUGUCCAGCCGUCAUCUUCUGCAGGGCAGAUAUUGGCCCAGAUUUCUCGUCACUCCAACCCUACCCAGGGAUCAGCACCAACUUGGACCUCUAGCACCCGCCCAGGUUUCUCUGCCCAGCAGGUGCCUACUCAGGCUACAGCCAAGACUCGUUCUUCACAAUUUGGUGUGAACAACUUUCAGACUUCGUCCUCCUUCAGUGCCAUGUCUCUUCCGGGUGCUCCCACUGCCUCACCCAGUACUGCUGCCUACCCUACUCUUCCUAACCGUGGAUCCAACUUUCCUCCUGAGACUGGACAGACAACAGGACAGUUCCAGACCCGGACAGCAGAGGGUGUGGGUGUCUGGCCACAGUGGCAAGGCCAGCAGCCCCAUCACCGGUCUAGUUCCAAUGAGCAACAUGUUCAGCCAACAUCAGCACAACCAAGUAGCCAGCCUGAGGUCUUUCAAGAAAUGCUGUCCAUGCUGGGAGACCAGAGCAAUACCUACAACAAUGAAGAGUUUCCUGAUCUAACUAUGUUUCCCCCUUUUUCUGAAUAGAGCUAUUGGGGUGAGGAUAGGGUGGGGAAAUCACUGUUUUUAAAAGCAAUUCUUCUGUAAACAGAGUAAAAGUUCCUCUCCCUUCCCUUCCCUCACCCCUGACAUGUACCCCUUUCACCCCUUGACUCUCUGAGUAACAUUAUAGAAGAAAUUAAAUGAAUUUCACAGGCUUUUAGGAUCCUCUGAAAUUUUGAGGAUAGGUGAGGUUAGAAUUCCUGUCCUUAUAUCUUCUGACCAGAAGUUGCACAGAAAUGAUUUGUGCUGGAGUCAAGGGGCAGAAUAGAAGAAUCCGGCAGCCAUGAA